AAGGCUAUCCGGUGAUUCCCUAUUUGCAAGGUUACAUGUACACUAAAGGAGAGCGUUUGGAGAACUGUAAUACAACACUGUUGGAAAAUGAUCACUUAGUCAAAAUAACAACAUCAACAGUAAAUGAUGACAACCACUAUACAUAUGGACCGUACAACUCAUAUAUUGACAGUAAUACAGAACUUUCACCUCAUUCUAAAGCUGGAUGCUGGAAGGCUGAUGUUGCAAAUGAAAACCAGUGGUGGCAAGUGGAGUUUACGGAACCAACGAUUGUCCAGGCUGUUGUUACACAAGGGUGUGAUCAACAAGUAAAUUGGGUAGUUAACUAUACAGUACUGUUCAGUGAUGAUGGUGUUCAAUUCUCUGUAGUUGGUAUAAGUGACACAAGGGCAUUUAUUGCUAACAGCAACAGUGAUGUAAAAGUUGUUAACCUCCUCCCAGAAACACUAACAAAGUUUGUACGAAUCCAGCCAAGGGCUUCAGUUGGGGGUGAACCUGGGAUGAGAGUUGAAAUCCUUGGAUGUGCCAAUUAUGAGACAGACCACAUGGAAGAUCUGAUGAAGACAGCCAGUGUCUCUGUGUCAUCAAUAUUCAACUCUGAUCCUGAUGCGUAUGGGCCAACAAGAGCUUAUCUAAAUAGCGCCCUUUAUCCACCAGUUGUCAUGUAUGGUGCUUGGAAGGCCAGAGUCUUGACGCAGGAUCAAUAUAUACAGGUAAUCCGCACACAAUUGAAUGAUUUGUUAUUUGAAAGAGAGGAAAUUGAAAUAAGAAUCGAUAUAUGAUAUCGUUGUUAUAAUCUGUAAUGGAGUACUUUAAGUUAUUACAAAUUGUUACAAAAAUGCAAUAAUGUGUA